CCCCACGAAACCCCCCGGGGCACACAGGCAGACAAGAUAAAGCAAGCCUGCCCCCCCUUCUUGCCCGGAGGAUGUCUUCAUUCCACCAGCUGCAAGCUACAGGGGAGUGAGAAGCAAGGAUGGAGGCGGAAUCGACGCUCUCGCUGUGGGCGCAGUGUGAUCGCAUCGACACGCUCUUCAUCGUCUUUUGCUGCGCCGCCUGCUGGCUCGUCGUGCCCGCCAUCGGCCUCGCCUUUUCCGGCUACUCGAUCCGACGAAACGGACUCGCUUCGUACUUUCCCGCCCUGCUCACCAUCAUUUUCGUCUCGUUGCAGUGGUGGGCAUGGGGCUACUCGAUUGCCUUUGGCGAGGGCAACGCCUUUGCGGGCAACGUGACCAGCCACCUCUUCCACCGCAACGUCUCAGCGGCGCCCGUCGGCACGAUCCCCGAGGUUGUGUUCAGCACGUUCCAGAUGAUCUUCUGCGCCACCGUGUGCGCCCUCGCCGUCGGUGGGGCGGCCGAGCGGGGCCGGCUCAUCUCGCUGGUCCCCUUUAUCGUCCUCUGGGCCACGUUCGUCUACUGCCCCCUCGCACACAUGGUCUGGACCGAGACGGGCGCGCUGGCCUCGCUCGGCGUCCUCGACUUUGCCGGCGGCACGCCCGUCCACAUCUGCUCGGGCGCCUCGGCGACGGCGCUCAGCGUCUAUCUCUCGCGGCCCCUCUUUCGCUCGCGACGCUCGUCGAAGCGCACACCGAGCCACAUCCGGCUGCACAAGCCCCACAACAUCCCCAGCAUGCUCUGUGCCAUGGUCCUCAUCUGGUCCUGCUGGCUGCCCUUUGAGGCCGGCACCGCCCUCGCGCUCAACUUCAAGGCCGUCAUGGCCUUUUGCGUCACCAAUGCCGCGGCGGCGGCGGGCGCGGCCACGUGGACGCUCCUCGCCUACCUCGAGUCCGGCCGCAUGUCGCUCGACGCCGCCGUGCUGGGCAUGAUUGCGGGCCUCGUCAUGAUCACGCCCGCCGGCGGCUUCGUCGGCAUGUCGGACGCCGUCGUCAUGGGCGUGCUCGGCGCGCUGGCCUGCCGCGUCUUUCUCCGCUUCAAGUCGUCGACACUGGCCACGCAGAAGCUGCGCUGGGUGGACCCGGCCGACAUGUUUGCGAGCCACGCGCUGGGCGGUGUCGUCGCCACGCUGGCCACAGGCUUCUUUGCGAGCCGCGAGGUGGCAGCCUACGACGGCGCCACGUCCAUCGCCGGCGGCGCGCUCCACGACGGCCACUGGCGCCAGCUGCUGAUCCAGGCCGUCGAGGCUGCCGUCGGCCUCACGUGGUCCUUUUGCGCCUCGUACGCCAUCAUUGCCGCCAUCGACCUCGUCCCCGGGCUCGAGGUGCUGUCGACGGACGAGGACCUGGCGCGGGGCAUGGAUGCCGCGCAGAUGGAAGAGUCGCUCAGCGGCGCCCACGCCGACGACGAGCAGGACGACUACGAGCCCAUUUCUCCCCCUCACCGCAUCGUCAUCUAGUCUUUCAUCAUCUCUCACGCGGAAUGCAUAUUUUUAUGGGUACUGGCAAGGGUCUUGACUGUAAGCAAUGAAGCUAGCCAUUGCAGCGAACAGACAGCACCGUCAGGGUCAUCACUGUGCCCAUCAAGAAGAGACAGCAGGGAAGAAGCGAU